AUGACUGAAGAUUUGAAAUCAAUUGUUGCUAAAUUCAAGGAUUAUAAUUUUCAACAUAAAUAUCUUUUCUUUGAACAAAAUAAUGAUAUCUUAGAUCUUGAAAAUUUUCGAUGUGAUUUAGAGGAAAAAAAAAUACCACGAAUCAUUGCAAUUUUUAAUGAAGGAAAAUACUCUGGAAAGAAAGCAUUUGUAAUCGAUAAAAAUAAUAUUUAUGAUAUCUAUUAUAAUAAUCAAAAAUUCAUGAGAAUCGAACCUAAUAAAUUUAAUUUUGGUCAUUCAAAUAUCAAUGGAGAACAUUAUCUUUGCUUAACUUUUAAUCAUCAACAGUUAGAUAAAAUUCCUGAUAAUUUUAGAUGUGAAUUUAUUAAAAAAAACAGUCUCAACAAUGAAACAACAAGAAAUAUUGAAAAAACUACUUAUUGUUUUAAAGAAUAUUUUAACAUAACUGAAAUCGGUACAUAUUCUAUCUUCAAAGAUGAAAAAAUUUUUCGUAAGAUAACUACUUAUGUUCAUUGGGAUUUUGAUAUCAAUGAAGAAGAAGAAGAUUUAUUUGUUUCAUAUGAUUAA